UCCUCUGUUUUAAACCAAACCUUUAAUAUAUGCCUUUAUAUCUUUCAUAAACGCUCUCCCACUUCUGACUGAUAAAACCCGUUCUUCCGACGACAUUCAGUAAAUGUGAGAGUAACGUUAUCAUUAACUUAAACCUACUGGAAUAAUAAUAAUAAUGUAAAGCCACAGUUGUGACUCUUUGUAAUGAAACCUUAAAUCCUUCUGAUCGCACCACAAUGUCCUCUUGCUCAGAGAUGGGUCUUGUGACCACAUAUCCUCCGGUGUCCUGCCUAACAUCUUUAUGAGAUUUAUUAAGCAGCUGCAAACACACACAAACCUGAAAUGGCACCAGUUCCUCCUGGGAUCCGUUUCCUGGCAUCCUUCAACCGGGACCAGUGGUACAAAGCCUUCACAUUUGCCCUCACUUUUCUGCUCUACACAAGUUUCCACCUCUCCAGGAAACCCAUCAGCAUUGUUAAGAGUGAGCUGCAUAAGAACUGUUCUCAUGCGGUGGAGGCUCCUACAGAGAUCAGCAGCAGCAGUCAACAGCCUGGACAUCACCCAGAGUUUGACUGCAGCUGGAAACCGUUUGACAGAAAUAACUAUAAGCAGUUACUUGGAGCAAUGGAUUAUUCUUUCCUGUUUGCUUAUGCCAUUGGCAUGUUUCUCAGUGGAAUAAUCGGAGAGCGCUUGCCCAUUCGGCUUUACCUGACUGUGGGCAUGUUGACCAGUGGUCUUUUUACCUGCCUGUUUGGACUGGGAUAUAUUUAUGACAUUCACAGCCUUGGCUUUUAUAUAUUUGUUCAGGUUGCCAAUGGUUUGGUUCAGACCACUGGUUGGCCUAGUGUGGUGACUUGCAUUGGUAACUGGUUUGGCAAGGGCAGGAGAGGCCUCAUCAUGGGUUUGUGGAACUCUCAUACAUCGGUGGGCAACAUUCUGGGUUCUUUGAUUGCUGGAUAUUACGUGUCCUCUAAUUGGGGUUUGUCCUUCAUCGUUCCUGGAGUGAUCAUUGCUGCCAUGGGUGUCAUCUGCUUCUUCUUUCUAAUAGAGCACCCUAAUGAUCUGAAGACCGCCAGUACUCAGAGCUCAGCUCCAAGCAGUCAGAAAUUUCAUAAAAGCUGCAAUGGUGUGAAUGGACACAAAGACCUUUACCUGCAGUACAAGCCAGGAGCUAAAGCACAGAGCUGGGACACAGAGCUCCUGCUGGGUCAGGAGAGCAUUGGAGUGUGUGUUCCUGUGCAGCAGGUGGUGGUGGUGAAAAGUGAAGCAGAACCAUCCGCUAUAAGCUUCAUGGGAGCUUUACGCAUUCCUGGAGUGGUGGAGUUUUCUCUUUGUCUGCUGUUCGCAAAGCUGGUCAGCUACACCUUCCUUUUCUGGCUUCCCCUGUACAUCACUAAAGCAGCUCACUUAGAUGCCAAGAAAGCCGGAGACCUUUCAACUCUGUUUGAUGUGGGAGGCAUCGUAGGAGGGAUUCUCGCUGGCGUGAUCUCUGAUAAGAUGCACAAGAGGGCCACCACUUGUGCUGUUAUGCUUUUGCUGGCAGCACCUAUGCUCUACGGCUUCUCUAUGAUGAGUCAGUUUGGCCUGGGUCCCACUAUUGGUAUGCUUCUGGUAUGUGGUGGUUUAGUCAAUGGACCAUAUGCUCUCAUCACAACAGCUGUUUCUGCUGACCUGGGCACACACAAGAGUCUGAAGGGCAAUGCCAGGGCUCUCUCUACAGUGACGGCUAUUAUAGAUGGCACAGGGUCUGUUGGUGCUGCUGUGGGACCUUUGCUGGCUGGUCUGCUGUCAGCGCGGGGAUGGGAUCAGGUCUUUUACAUGCUCAUGACUGCUGACUUCUUUGCACUUUUGCUUUUGCUGAGGCUUGUGAUGAAGGAGCUUCGCUAUCAUAGGAACAGGCCAGGAAUCGCCGUCGAGCUGAAGGAACAUUAAGCACUUUGCACUAAAAAAUUCGAGAGAAACAGUGAAGGGCAUCACUGGAUACAAACAUUAUCUGACCACUUCCUACCCUGGACCAAAUCUUGACUGAAUUCUGUGCUUCGUCCUUCUCUUUAGAGACACUUUAUUCCCUUUUCAGAUGAGAAAUCGUCCCUUUAGGGUGACCACAAAUCAACUUUGAGGAGAUUUUUUUACUUCCUGGACCUGAAGGGGUUUUUUUUUCCACCCAAACAAAUGAACUCGACUCAACAUGCGAGAUCAGGCCUAACUUUCCCUCCAGUCCAAUCAUGCACAAUUGCACAACCAAAAGUAGCCUCCCUUUGCUGCUAACAAGGGGAAUUCAAAUGAAAAUGCAGUAUAAUUUUGUCUUCUAAACCCCUGGCGGGCAGACAGAGCCUUCAUUAAACACACGCAGAACAAAUGUUCUUCAAAAAUAUUUUUUUUUUUUUGCCUUUUUUUUUACAGUUUAGAUGAACAACAGUUUAUAUAAGGACUCUUAAAGAGAGUGUUCACCCAUAAAAUCAAAUCCAGUCAUCAUUUACUCAUCCUCCACUUUUUUUGUUUGUUUUUUUCUGUUGAACACAAAAGAAGAUAUUUUGAAGAAUGUUGGAAACCGGUCACCAUUGACUUCUAUAGAUUUUUUUUAUUUACUGUGAAAGUCAAUGGCUUCAAACAUUCAGUUUUUUCUUUGUUAUUAGUAGAAAAAAGGCACUUUUUUUCAACCACUUGAGCGUGAGUAAAUGUUUUUUAUUUAGUUUUUUUUUUUUUUUUUUUGCGGGGUUAAAUAUACAUUUGUUCUGCUUGUGUUUCAUAAAUGUACAUCUAAUAGAUUGUUUACGUAUGUAUGUAUGUGUGUGUAUAUAUUCUAAAUAUAUAAUAUAUUAUUAUUCUCAUCUGCCUUUCUAUGAGCCAAAGUCAACCCUGUUAGCUGUAGAAAAAUGUUUUCUGUGGUUCUUGUAUCCUAUGUUUUAUAUAUGGGGGAUUCACUAGGAGGCGAUUCAGCCAUUUGACCAAUUUUUGACUUAAUUUAAUUUUAUGUGUAUUUAUUUUUGUUUUGCCGUUAGAGAUUUUAUGAGUCAAUAUAAAGGAAGGUUAGCAAUAGUUUUUACUGUAUCUGACCACUGGUUACUGUUCUCUCACAUACAAAUGCACUGCAAAAAAUGUUUUCUCU